UCCUCGUCGUCCUCGGCGUCGUAGGCGCAAGCUAUUAUGCCGUCGUCGUCUCCAACUACGGGCCGGCCCUCUUUGCCGGAGGUUUCAGCUCACUUCGAUCUCUUGCUGUCUUGGUCCCUUUCCAUAUCCUGCCCCCUAACUUGGUGGCUCGGCUGGACGCGAGGAAUUCAGGCAGUGUGGGGUUGUUCAAAGCCCAAGUCUUGCAGGAGACAGACUUGGUAUACCAGCGGGCCUGACAGGUGCGCAAGACAUGCCAAGAAGUGAACCGGCAGUGCAGGGGGCACUGUCUAAGCCCAAGUCUGUGGGAGGCAGACUUGGCAAACCAGCGGGCGUGGCAUGGGCGCAAGCCAUGCCAACCAGCGGACUGGCUAUGCGCGGGGCACUGUCUAAGCCCAGCUGUGCAGCAGGCAGACUUGGCAAACUAGUGGGCAUGACAUGGGCGCAAGCCAUGCCAAGACUGGCAGUGCGCGGGGCAUUGUCCAAGCCCAAGUCUGCCUCAGGAGGCAGACUUGGCAAAGAAGCGGGCGUGGCAUGUGCGCAAGACAUAUCAAGCGGCCAGUGGAGCGGCAACGUGGGGCUGCCUAAGUCCAAAUCAUGCAGAAGGCAAAGACUUGGCAAACAAGCGAGCGUGACAUGUGCGCAAGAUAUGCUAUGCAGCCACGGCAGCGUGGGUCUACCUAAGCCCAAGUCAUGUAGACGGCAAAUACUUGGCAAUCCAACAGCAUGGCAUGUGCGCAAGGCAUGCCAAGCAUUGGAGCGGCGGCGUGGGGCUGCCCAAGAUCAAGUCAUGCAGAAGACAGACUUGGCAAUCUCCCAAGCAUGGCCUAUGCGCAAGGCAUGCCAAAUGGUGAAGACUUAUGACAUUGUGGGGUGCUGUCCAAUGCACCAAUCAUGCAAGAGCGGACUUGGUGAUCAAGCAAGCAAGGCAUGCGUGUUGGGCAUGCCAAGUAGCAACAAAGGAGCGAACAAAUGGACUUGUCUGUGGUGCGAACAGAUGGACUUGUUCGUAGUGCCAAAGAAGCUGACAGAUGGACUUGUACAUGGUGCCAAAGAAGUAGAGUCGUUGGACCGAUAGAUGGACUUGUCCGUAGCGCCAAAGGAGCGAACAGAUGGACUUCUUGGUGGUGCCAAAGAAACGGAGCCGUGGGCCGAGCACUUGGCAUGCAUACAUACUUUGGCGCAGGGCCAAAGAAGAGGAGCCAUGGACUUAAUGCGGGACGGAUAGAUGGACUGGUCUGUGAUACCAAAGGUGUGGACAGAUGGACUUGUCCGUGGUGCAUGUUGACACUUGGCAGGAGCCAAUGCAUCAUGAUGAUGGGGCAAAGCACAAGGUGUGCAGGCUACCACUUAGCAUGGUGCCAAUGCAGCCAAGACACGUGGACAAAACGGUUUUGUAGAAGUUGAGUUGGUUUUGUUCAUGUGACAUUGGUGGUUGGGCCAAUUACCAUGUAACUUUCCUUGUAACCGCUUGUCUAUGUAUGAUAAAUAGACAAGGGGGUCAUUGGCAAUGGAGGAGUGACAUAGAGGCAAAUCAUGGGCAAGAUUCUAGGCAAAGUCCAAGGGGGAUUUGUCUAGGCGAAUCGUGAAGAAUUGUGAGCAAGAUCGUGAAGGAUUUGUAUGGACGGAUCAUGAGCAAUUUGUAAACAAUUUUAUAUUGUUCCA